GGGUACGAACGAAGAUAAUUUGUUGUUCAGUCCCCAGACAAGAUUCAAAAGAUGAAGUGAAUGAUUGUCAAGUGGCAGUUGAAUCUUUUGAUAUCAAUACAUCACAAAAUCUACGAAUGCUUCUCAGGAUGAAGGUAAGUGAAUGUUCACUGCACGAUCGGAUAUUAAAUGUCUUACUUCAUAUAUUACUCUUCUUCUACAAAAUUCAAGUGAAUAUCUUCACCCAAUCCAAGCUCACGAUCUUCCAAUGGCUGUGCCGAACAAACAAGGCUGGCUUCUAUUUGAACCGCACUACAAAGCUCUUCUCAGAGAUUCUUCCACAUCCAUCUCGAAACUCGAGAAGUUUAGUAAAGUCUUCAUACAUACCACCAGUCUUAGUCAAGUAACCCUAAAACACAAAAAUUCAUCCACCACCACAGUUCGACACCCCAUCUUAAAAAAUGUCAACCACACUUUACCCACCUGUCCCCGCUCCAUCAAGCGACCAGGAAUUUCUCAUCUCCGCCGGCGUCUGCGUCCUCGAAUCGCAACAGCACACUCUCGAUUUCUCACCCCAAUUUCUCUCCAUCUACGGCCGACCAACCCUCGUCUAUCGUCCCUGGGCACGUCUCUGGUCGAUUUCCUGCACCCAUAUUCUCGAAGCCAUCACGCCACGCUAUCCCUCUCACACCGCUGUAUUCCUCAAAUUCGCGGCGUACAAAGAUCGGUAUCUAGAGUUUUGCUUGGAGGUGGAUAACUAUUACGGAUGGUUGGGGAGGGAUAGGGAUAAGAAGAGGAGGGAGAAUGGGAAUUCAAGGGUGGGAGAAGAUAGUGAGAAAGAGAGCGCGAUGAUUAUUGGGAGGGCGGAGAUGGAGGGUGCAUGGUGUAAGCUUUUGAUAGGCAUGUUUGAUGAGAUGAGGUCGAAGAGGGAUGUGAUGAGAAACUUUGUCGGUAUGAGGAGUCUGCUUGGUGAGGAUAGAAUCCUCAUGACGAUCAAGGAAGUAGAAGCGGAGAUGAAGGAAGUGUUGAGGCUGGCGGUGGAACAGAGAUUCGGCAAACAAGUCGAAAAAUACUGGGCUAGAAAGUGGAAGAUCUACGGAUACCGAUGUCCAGAAUUGGACAUCAAGUGCGUAACCGACUGGUCCAUCGAAGCACCCUUUCAAAAAUCCCUCUUAGAACCCAACGACAUCAACGACAACGACUACAUGGAGACUGACAACGAAAUCACCGACGAGACAUGCAACCCCAGCGGCGAAAAUAUCGACUCGGGCGUAUCUUUCCAGAGUGCCCAAUCUUCUCAAACACAGACAAUCCAAAAAUACACACAAAAGACGAGUCAGGAAUCAGAGCAAGAUAAAUCACAGGAGGUAAAUGUAAAGGAGGAAGAAGAAGAAGAAGAAGCGACACUAGAGAAAUCUAAUCCGGUAUUAAACACAAAGCAGAAUUUGAAGUGGGCGAUGCACGGAGAAGAUUCGGAUACCAUGCAUGGGAGAUUAGCGUUCAGGGAUUAGAUCUUGAGAACUAAGAACCGAGGAGCCGAGAGGGAUAUCUCUUUUUUGUAUGAAAUGAUAUGAAGUGAAAACGGGCGCUGAAAUAAAGUGCCAAGGGCGCAUUGGAGUUGGGCUGUUGACUAUGGAUGUGGUAAUGGGAUAUGCAUGAGCAUGGACGGAUAAUAUAUUUGCAAAUAGGAUACUUAGUUACCUCGCUUCCUCGGAAGUCAUUCAACACUGGAUAGGAAUGAAUAAUAUCA